AUGUCCUUUGGCAAUCACCUAACUUUCAACAUUUCCAAGGCGUCACCAACAACCUCAACUACAAACGCCACAACCACAUCGUUUCCGGGAUCGUUGCAACCUAAUACUCACGUUUCUUCUGUUGAUGUUCUAUCUGCUUCCCUAACGGAUGCAAAGCUGCCACACGCACAUAUUGUGGCUCAUCAGGAGCAGCAUGACACUUCGCCACGAAUUAAAGCGGCUACACCUACAACAGGUAUCAGCGGCAUCAAUUCAGCAGCUGUUUCUACUGUGGAAUCAUCAGAAGCUUCAAAGGACAGAGAGGAGCUUCUUCAAAUAUGGGGCAAGUAUGAUGUUGAGAAUCAAAAGAAUGAUGAGCAGGUGUCCUUGAGUGCGGAAGAAACGGAAGAUGCAGAUUCUUUAGAGGAGAAAAUGAAGCAGUUUCAUAUGGGCCCGUCUAACAAAACCGAAAUUGAUCAUGUUAAUAUGGAUCCGAGUGAGAAGACACCGCAAGAAGCCAACUUUUCGAGAUCUGACUCGAGCGAACAUAUUCAGAACAUCGGCAAUUUCCAGAGUAAAUCGAAUGAUCUGUGCAACCCUUCUGAUACCACUAAUAAUACUCAGUCCACAUUAUCUGUUGAAGUACAGACAACAUCAUGUGAGCCUGCUAAAGACGAAAGCAAUGGAUCGGAAGCACAGACGGAGUUGGACUCUAAUUUAAACGAAGAAGCAUCUCUUGAAUCUUCAGGAUCAGGAAACAACGCUAAGAUUAAAGAAAAAUCUCCGUCUCCGUCUGUGGUUGAAUAUAUGGGAGUACAACCGCUUGAAAUUCCAGGUGCAUCUGAGUCAAAACCCAUUGAAGGAAACCUCUUAUCUAUGGAUUCCAGUGAGCCUAUCGUUGAGCUUAAGCUCGAACAAUCUAAUUGCCCGCCUCCUACUAGAGCUCGCCCUAAGAGAAACAAUUCUGUCUCUCGCAUUAGUCCAGCUGUGAAUCCAGAAGAGCAAUACCAGCAGUCACAUAAGCCUUUUGACUUUCAAAUAUUCCUCACACAGCUCAAAAAGAAAAGCGCAGAUCCCUUGGUGCGAUACAUUCGCUCGUUUCUUGUUUCUUUCUCUCGUCAAUCUGGAAGUAUGACAGCUCCUCAAAUGAUAAAAGCAGUUAGUCAUUUCAAAGAAUUCAUGAACGAAAAAUUUCACGAGUAUGAACCUUUUGCAUCCAUGGAUGCUGUCGACUUGGAAAAUUCAGGUGAAGGUGUUGAAAAAUUGAUAAUGAACCGCUUGUACGAGUUUUGUUUCUCUCCAGAAGCCAUCAAGAAGUUUGGAAGAAACGUGUCUGCCACAGUUCUUGAUGAUGUACAUGAAGACUAUCAAUUCAUGAUGCAAAUUGAGAAAUUUAGCUGGAUUCUGGGUGUUCAUUUGGAUGUUGAUUUGGAUGCAAUAACACAAAGUAAACGGGAGAGAAAUUCUGAAUCGAUCGAUUACAUGGAUUAUGCCAUCAAUGAGCUUAAUAAGAUAAACAAGUUUCGUGCCCCAAGGGAUAAAAUCAUUUGCAUUUUGAAUGCUUGCAAGAUUAUAUUUAGUUUUUUACGAGUCAGCAAUCAGGAAACUAACGCAGACUCAUUCAUUCCCAUUCUCAUUCUUGUGAUCAUAAGGGCAAAAACGGAAAACUUGAUUAGCAAUUUGCACUACAUUGAACGUUACAGAGGUGAAGAGUGGUUAAAUCAUGGAGAAACUAGUUACUACUUGUCAUCCAUGCAAGGUGCCAUCUCUUUCAUCCAGAAUAUAAAGUUUCAAGAUUUGACUAUUAGUCAAGAUGAAUAUGAUGCUAACAUGGAGGCAUGGGACGCUGAACUUAGGCAAAGAGGGCCUCCAAUUAUUCGUCCCGAACCUCUCCAUCCAGGAGAAGCGUCAACAAAUAUUCAGCAAUCACUUUCACCUUCUAAUGUAAUUUUAGCCGGAGCAGAGAUGUUUACUAAGUCUUUGUCUAACUUUAUGUCUCCUACUCCACUGGAAAGUGCUCCACAGAAUCCUGAACCUCGCUCAGAAUCAGGACCCCCACAUCUAGUUUCUGAUGAGCAGGUUGAGAAAACUUUGAAUCAGUUGACAGAGAUAUUCCCUAAUCUCGAUAGAGCUGUGCUCAGGGAUGUAAUUGUUUUGAAGAAGGCGGACUUUGAUUCUUCUUUGGAUGCAUGUCUUCAAUUGUGUAAUGAUGACUAA